GAUGUGCCGCUUCCAAGUCAGAGGAAUCCUGCUCCUUCUGAGUCUGGCUCCAACCGCUUUGUCGAGCCUCCAUCCUGAAUGUCAAUACGUAUUCCUGCUGGAGAGAGACGAGCGACGCUGUCUAGAUUUUAUUGAAGACGUGGGCAACAGCAGCGCAGGAGGUUGUCCAGCGUUCUGGGAUGCAGUCAUCUGCUGGCCGCUCGCAGAUGUUGGAGAGACGGUCCACAGACCAUGUCCUGCAGUAUUCUCCCUCUUCAAAAACACCACAGGGUCUGUAAGUCGAAAUUGCACAGAAGCAGGAUGGUCCCGAGUUGUUCCACCCUAUUUCAUUGCCUGCAGUCUGGAGGACGACAUUUCUGUGCCGGAGGAGUGGUACUUCUCAACGAUGAGGAUGGUUUACACCGUUGGCUACAGCGUCUCGCUGCUGGUGCUGACUGUUGCCGUGGCAAUCCUGUUGUACUUCAGAAGGCUGAGAUGUGCCAGGAACUUCAUCCACAUUCAACUUUUCUUGACUUUUAUUCUCAAGGCAGCAUCAGUAUUUAUCAAGGAUGCCACUCUUUUCUCCAGCGAGGAGACGAACCACUGCACUCUCUCCAGCGUGAGUGAUGGCACGACCCUCCUCCCCUCACAUCUUCUGCUCUCACUCACUGCUUUCCUCUUCUUUAAUUCUGUCCAGUUUGCCUGUAAAGCCUCAGUAGUCUUCUGCCACUACUGUGUAAUGGCCAAUUUUUUCUGGCUCCUAGUGGAAGCGCUUUACCUCAACUCCCUGCUGCUGUCCUCUUUUUAUCACAGCCACCGCUGCCUCUGGGGCUUCAGUCUGCUGGGAUGGGGCAUCCCAGUCCUCUUCAUCUGCCUGUGGAUUGGCUCAAGGGUUUACUUCGAGGACACAGAAUGCUGGGACAUCAACGAGGACUCCCCCUACUGGUGGAUCAUCAGAGGACCAAUUGUUGUGUCUAUCACGGUGAAUUUCAUGCUCUUCAUGAACAUCAUCAGGAUUCUGAUCCAGAAGCUCAGUCCUCGGCUGAUCCAGUUCAAUAACUCGGCUCAGUACAGGCGCCUCUCCAAGUCCACCCUCCUGCUCAUCCCUUUGUUCGGGACCCACUACAUGUUCUUCAAUUUCCUCCCCGAGUACUUCAACAUGAACCUGCGCCUGUGUCUGGAGCUUGGCCUAGGCUCCUUCCAGGGGCUUUUGGUUGCAGUUCUUUACUGCUUUCUCAACCAAGAGGUGCAGAAGGAAAUCCACAUGCAGUGGCUGAGAUGGCAGGAGAGGAGUUAUGGAGUGGUUUCACCUGCAGUGAAGGGAAGUCAGAUGGACACACCCUUCUAACUUCAAUUCUCCCCCGACUGCAGAUGUUCAGAUGACUCUGUUCCGGGUGUUUAGCUGUCUCCGCACGGUCAGAGAUGUCUACUGCAGACAGAGAUGGAUGUUUUUAUGCUGGGAGUUUGGCCCUCUGGGUCAUAACUGCGAAGGAAAACCAUCCCCAGUAAUUGGCCUUGUGUCUGUCUGUGUGUGUGUGUGUGUGACAGCCCAUUCCUCACUGUCCUGGCUUGUCUGUUGUUGUCCUUUGUGUUAAACCACUCACUUAAUCGAUUGUUCCCGGGUGUCUUGUAAUUCAUCACUUAUUAAUGGAUGUCGGUUUGAAUCCAUAUUCAUAGCUGCCAUCAUGUAGCAGAGUAACUUCCAGUACCUUAUACAAAACAUUUGUUUUGGAGGUCACUGCUUGGUCAGUAAUACCAUGCUUUACUACAUAAACGUGUGUAAAUAAUUAUUACAUUUUGACGUUGUCUUUGAUGCUGAGCUUUGCUCUGCAAUGUACUUGCACGUCUUUUUUUUUUAAAUAAAUAUUUAUUAUCCAACUUAAAUGAAUGUAUUUGUUGUUUUGUAAUGGAUACAUAGGAUGUACAAUAUGUAUUGGACAGAACAAACUGAAUAUAUCAUUGACCAUCUCCUUAUGUUCUCUUUAUUUGCUUCUUAUUUAUUUAUUUAUGUAUUUGUACAUGUUGCUGCUUUGCUUGUACACCAGAAUAGAUGUUCUUUCUUGUGGCUGUUUUUUUUCCCAUGUCGCUUAAUAAAAUAAAC